AUGGCUUACCACAACCCUCAAGACCUUCCACUCCACCAUUUCACUGACCAACAACAACACCAUAACCAAACUCUCACUGACGCAUCUCUCCUCUCCGACCCUACCUCCAAACCUCCCUCUGAUCCUCACCAACCAGCGCCAAAUUGGCUCAAUAACGCCCUUCUCCGCACGCACUACACCAACAGCACCACCACAAACAACAAUAAUGACAACAGCAACUCCGACACCAACGUUAACGCUGCCAACAACAGCGGCACCAACUUCCUCAACCUCCACACUGCGGCUACUGACUCUGGCCAAUGGCUGGCGCGUCCGAUCCUCCACCGCAACCAGAGCGAGAUCAUCGACGAUGUCACGGCAGCAGGCGACUCUGCCAUGACCGGCGCCGGAUCCGGCGAUUUGAAGAGCGAGGCGGCAGCAGUGGAGGGCGGUGGAGACGGCCUGAUGAACUGGCAGAAUGCGAGGUUUAAGGCGGAGAUUCUAUCGCAUCCUCUGUAUGAACAGCUUCUGUCGGCACACGUGGCAUGCCUUCGGAUCGCCACACCGGUGGACCAGUUGCCCAGGAUAGACGCUCAGCUCGCACAGUCCCAGAAUGUGCUCGCCAAGUACUCUGCUUUCGGACAAGCCAUUGGGGAUGACAAGGAACUCGAUCAGUUCUUGUCCUCCUAUGUUCUGUUGCUCUGUUCUUUCAAAGAACAGCUCCAACAACAUGUCAGGGUCCAUGCAAUGGAAGCAGUAAUGGCUUGUUGGGAGAUUGAGCAAUCCUUACAAAGUUUAACAGGAGUUUCACCCGGGGAAGGUACGGGAGCAACAAUGUCUGAUGACGAAGAUGAGCAAGUAGACAGUGAUGCCAAUCUGUUUGAUGGUGGUUUGGAUGGUCCCGAUAGCAUGGGAUUCGGUCCUCUUAUUCCCACAGAGAACGAGAGGUCCCUCAUGGAACGUGUAAGACAUGAAUUGAAGCACGAAUUGAAACAGGGUUAUAAAGAGAAAAUUGUGGACAUAAGAGAGGAAAUUUUACGCAAGAGACGAGCUGGGAAACUUCCUGGUGACACCACCUCUGUCCUUAAAGCUUGGUGGCAAUCACAUUCCAAGUGGCCUUACCCUACAGAGGAGGAUAAGGCUAGGUUGGUGCAGGAAACGGGGUUGCAGCUAAAGCAGAUCAAUAAUUGGUUUAUCAAUCAAAGGAAGAGGAACUGGCACAGCAAUCCCUCAACUUCCACAGUGUUGAAGAGCAAGCGCAAAAGAAGCAAUGCAGGUGAUAAUAGUACUGAUCAUCACAUGUAAAUGCAAGAAAACUCACUCUACUCUGUUCGUUCGUCUCUGCCGUCAAUCAUGGUGCGUGACAAGGAAUUUAAGUGAAGUCAAAACGAUUAAAAGUUCACAUUUUGCUCUGCUCAAGGAACAGGUCAACACAGAAGAGGAGUAUUAAAGUCUGCAGUGUACGGUGAUGCAUCGAAUUUAGGAAGUUCAAUUAGGAAUUAUAUACCGAUAUCAAAAUGGAUAACUCCAUGGAGCAUGAUUUUUAGUCUCAUUGUUAAUGUUUGUGAAAUAUAUAAUAGUGAGGGGUUGUGGGUGUAUAGUAAUAAUCUGAGCAUUUUUUUUUCUUCAAUCAAGCUAGUUUUGUUGUUGUUAUUCUUAAAAUGAGUAUUUUACAUGGAGCUUGGAUUUUUUUUGUUCUUAAAA